CGUCAACAAUAAUUACAACAUUACAAAUCUUUUCCGAGAUGUGAGAUAAUUAAAUUGUUCUCUAUAAUAUCGUAUAGCUUUGGAAUCGUGAUAUGACGUACUUUUUAGGAAAAUAGGCAGGUUUCUCGAAUCAUACACUGACGUCAAGAAGUGAUUGCGAUACGAUUAGCUUAUCAACUGGGUGACGCAGCAUGACAACUUGGACACGAUUGGUCGACCGUCUUCUGGGUGAGGCGUUACGUUUUUCAAUUUAUGGCGCAAUUGGAUUCCUAUCUUCACAUUUCUCCAAUAUCUCUGUGUCCUCGCUCAAGACACACAACCCCUCAAUGCGCGAGGGGUCGUCACUAGUUAUCAUAGCCACAAAUAAACCCCGCCCAUUUCUACAAUUUAUAUUUUUUAAAUGUGAUUUUGAAGCAUACCCUAACCUUAACCACACUGCUAACCGUAUGCCUCGCCCUAACCUUCAAUUAAGACCAAAAAUAUAAUAUUAGGUUUAAUACAUUUUUAAUAUGUAGUCCCAUUUGACUUUGUGGCUGUGGUAACUAGUGGAAGAUCUUGUUGUUGCGCCCUGGAAUUGGGUCCGACGACAACUCUGAUAGAGAGGCCUGUAGUGGCCAAAGUCCUUUUUAGCAUGAGCAUGACCAUUGAGUGCUUCCACCACUGUAAUGUAGUCAACUGGGUGAGACGUCCAACUUCAUUAGCUGAGCCCUCCUGGUGACCCUGUUGGAGUCAUGCCCGACCGGGACAUGAAGGGAUCAGCGAAUCGAGACGAAGAAAAUGGACUACUUUAAAACGGAGAUCGCCUCAAUGGCGCUGCCCAUGCUCUCACAUAAAUUAUAAUGGCACAGAUACAAAGACGAGCCCUCUAUCUAUCUCUAUGCUCUAAACUUUCUUCUUAUUCUUAGUGUGGUUUUCCAGCUGCCUUUCACAGGUCAGAUUGUGAAUUGCACAUUUGUUCAAAAUUGUACCCUCUAGAUUUCACAAAAAAGGGCAAUGGGAAAAAGAAAUGGCCCCACCAUCUAACUUUACAUAAACGCCACUAUCCCCAACAAACCCACCACCCUUUCGGCCCUAAAAGAUCCUCUCAGAACCUCCUGUAGUUCUUCACCAAAAUCUGUGACACCCAAAGCUUCUCUGCUGCUGCUAUUACCUCAUCAAUCUUCUUGGAUUUUCCGUUCCAUUUAUGAGGUACAAUGAAUGACCAUGGUUAAUUUCCUCACUGCUUCAGCAUAGCACUUUCUGCACUGCUCGAAAACUGGCAACCUCAAACGGACUCUCUUGACCCACACAGCUCUUUCCACCGAAACUAAACACAAGUCAGAUGUUUUAUGUGAAUGUUUUUUCAGCCAUAAUAUUAGAAUAUAGUUUAGUCUCAUGAGGCUCGAUUACAUUUUUAAAAAUGUUCUGGGUAAUGUCUGAAAAUCAUCAAGAAACAACCAUUCGUGUCAUCAGUUUCACAAAUUCUCCAGACCCGACAGUGAGCCAGGCGGAUAGCAUCUCGAUUGCUAAUGUCUGACGGUGUAUUGAGAGAUGCAGAUGCUGUCCCCGAUGCGGGCGCCUGUCGUUUGAAGCCGGUCGAAACUCCAAGAACCAAUACAGGCAGAACCAUGGACAGAUCCUGUAAAAAAUGGUCAGCCUGUGGUGUGCGUGGGUGAGGAGGAAAGCGGGUAAGGAGAUGGGCUGCACCUCGGCCAAGCAGGUGUCGGCAGUGCCAAGUGGUGAGGAGGGCCGCAGUAAAGCCUACAGCAAUGGGGACCUUCUUUCCGACGAGUACAAAAAAGGAGUGGAAAAGGUCAAGUAUAUCAAUGGAGAAGAGGACAGACUGAACACCUGCAACCAGGACAGCACGGAGAAAACUGCCCUGCUCACUAGGGUCCAACGCACAGAUGACACAGGAUCAAAUGGCAAUGAGAAGACACAUAUCCAUUCUUCAGAGAGCCAGCAAGAGUUCUUCAGGAUGCUGGAUGAGAAGAUAGAAAAGGGGCAGGACUACUGCUCAGAGGAAGAGGAUAUGACAUAGCACUGAUGUCCGCUAUCUGCUCCCCUGAGAGGAAGGAUUUGUCCAAUGGAGGCUGGUGUCAUUCCAGCCAUUACAAUAAGCCCAUCCUCCAAUUUCUCCCUCCACUUGCCUCCACUGGAUUUUUCCAAUGGCAUGGACAGACUGUACCACAUAUACCUUACCCAAUGGCCCCUCCUCCUUUUGGACUGGCCCAUUUUGUGUAUGGAGUGGGAGACACGUUGACCCUCAAGCACCUUUGCUUACCACACUGUCUAUAUCUACAACCGUCUCCCCGUAACAGAUGUUUGAGUCCAUUGCGACAAUGCCCCCCCCCCCCCCCCCAAAGGAGCAAGGACCACUUCCAUGCACCAGGCGUAUAAUUUUGAACAACUCUCCAAGUCUGUCGCCAUGGUUACCCUGCACUCGAAGUACAGCAGCUGCUUUAGACUCUGUGACUGUGGUCCGUUAAAAGACACUGGCAUUCCAGUCAUUUUGAACCCAUGGAUUGACUAAAGCCACGAUCAAUAACCAUGAUGGUAUCAGUCUCAAAGAACAUUUGUCAAUCCUUAUCUGAUUCUGAUUGGAUUAUGAACAGUGGAGGUAAUGGAGAGCAGAGGAAAAUGAAUCUGGGAAUUAUUCCAGGGGUCGUAUUCAUUGGGCACCAAAUGGAAGAAAACGUUCUGAAACAGGGAGGGCCUUCGAAUAAGAAGCGGCAGUUGACAUUUUCCAUAGCAAAAUGUUUUUUUCUACAGUGUUCCCUAAUGAAUGCGAUCCAGGUGGCUGAAACAUUGAGCAUUGCAGAUAGAAACACGAAUACCGCUGCUGAUGCUCCUUAUCAUUGCAUUAUAUCCUUAUCUCUAUGUAGUGUAUAUCUAUCUGCAACAUUCCAAGCGUGCCACCCCAAUGAACACACCCUUGGAGGGGAAACCGGGGUUACUUACUUCCUGCAUUCCAAUACACUUUUUGAAUCUUCUUUUCUACAGUAUGUUCAUAUGCGAUUCAUAGUCUUAUCUAUGUCUUCUUACUUCACCACGUAGGGUAUUCUUGUUUAAUUUUAAUGCUCAGGGUUGAAGUGUUCUAGUCAUUGUCUUUUGUAGGAGAGCCUACCUCUUCAUUAGGCUUUGUUGUCCCAUUUGUGUACACACACACACGGUUAUUUCCCUAGCACCCUACUGUCACUCUCUGUUCUUCUUACCUGUUAAUAAGACCAUCUCAGUGUUAAAUCUACAGGCAGUAUACUGUAUUAGGAGCAUAGAUCAUGCAAUGGUCUUUGCAUUUGUUGUCAUGGUCAUUUGUCUGUGCUUGUUUUUCAUGUUCAAAUGUUUUUUAUUUUAUUAUAGUCAAAUAAAAAACAAGAAAUGUU